UCGACCGACUAAUCGUGUCAGUUAGUACACGUAGUGUUUAUCACAUCAACGUGUUUCUAUUACUAUUUAAACAUUUUUUUUUUUUUAAUUUUUAAAUUUUAAUUAUUUAAAACAAUACCAAAAGUUAAAAUCCUGAACUUUCGACAUUCGUACAACUUUGACGUGCAACACAUACUAAAUCAUUUUAGUGAUGCAUUUUAAAACGUUUACGUUUAAACGUAUUACAUUUAAAUCAAUACUCGUACAUUUGUUUCAAUCUUAGUCGAUAUAUUUUUUUUUAUAAUAAUCGGUUUAAGAUUAUAAUAUUAUACUCUGAAAAAUGUCGAAAGUCAUACUGGUUAUGGCAUUCAUUCACGCAGUACUGUAUAGUAUGCAAAAAAAUGCUUUUCAUCAUGUGGAUGCCGCUCCAUCAAUCACACGCGACGAUUUAACUGCUGUGUUGCCCGGUUCGCUGGCCGAGCUGUUUGACUCGGAAGCGUUCGAACGGAUCUGGCGGAAGGCGGCCGCCGAUCAGAUGGUCAAGCGGUUUGGGGACGGCGCCGGACGUGACGACGGCGCGACGACGCGCAACAUGGUCGGCGACUACAUGAUGUCGGACGAGUUCCACCAAGCCGUGUGCAAGGGCGGCGGCCAGGGCAUGUCAUCCAUGGGCGGCAUGAUGGGCAACGCGCCGCCCCCGUGGUCGUACAUGGGCACGUUCAUCGGUUCCGACAAGUUCCAGCACGGUACGUGCGACAUGAUGUCGCAGGGAAUGAUCCAGUUCGGCGAGGGCAUGAACGGAUGGUUCCGGUCGGCCGACGCCGCCGACGCCACCGCGGCGGCCCGGGACCCGCUGCGGGCGGUCGACGCGUUCUUCCGGUCCGAGCACUACGGCAACGCCCGGCAAAAGCUGCGCGAUAUGUUCUCAGACGUCCGGUUCUGAUCCACCGGAAUUCGCCGCGGAUCUACUGCAAUUUAAUCUUACACGAUAUUAUUACGCAAUGUAUUAUGAUGGACCGUUGUCAAUAUUUAUAUCGUCGUCGUCGUCAUCGCCGCCACCGCGACAAUAUUACAAAACAUAACGCGUUUCGUCAAUAGUUAAUUUUCAUACGCACUAUUUUAUACGUCGCACGACAAUAUUGUUAUUAUUUCGUCGAUGAUCGCAAACGUUAUGAUUUGAUACACCUGUCGGUCGUUCUUUUACGACCAUUUUAAUGUUACACAUACACACACGUGUUCACUAAAAUUGGGACCAAAUGUCAUACAUUUAAUUUUUUUGUUUAUAUAAUAUUAAUGCUUACAGCUUACAACUUACCGUAGCCUCGCGUAGGUCGUCUAACUUCGAUCACACGAACGCGCAUAAAGCGUCUAAGUCUCUGCCGUUUCUCGUACGAAACACAACAUUACGUUCGCACCGUCUGCAAUGAUCCAUGAAUACUUGUAAUUAAAAUAAGCGCACACGUUAAUUUGUUUUAUUUAUAAUAAGUCACAACAUUCAGAAACAUCCAGUGAUGAGUUCAGUGAGUUCAAUGUUUCUAGUUAAAUACCUUUUUAAUUUUAUUAUUGUACACUUAAAUAUCGACAGCAUUAUUUUUCAAUAGUUAUAAAAAUAGUAAAAAUGCAUAUUUAUAUAUUCCUGAUCAUAUCUCAACAAUCUAAAUACUUGUAGAAGAAUAAUUUACGAAAUUGACUACGUAUUUCUAUGGGUACGUCAUAUAAAAUGGAAUAUUAGAUUUAAUAAUGUUUCCGUGCACCUAUAUAUUUAAUAAUAUUUGUAAGUGAUGUGUAUGAAUUUAGAUAAUUAAAUUUAAUCAAUUAAUUUACUCACGUUGAAUAUUUUCUUCGAAAAAAUUUAGUCCGAAAAUAAAUAAACACGCCUAAUAUACAUUAUAAUUCCUUCAACAUCUAAUACAGCUAUAUCCAAUAAUACAGUACAGACUCUGUCAUUUUUAUAUUACAAACAUAUCGUGUUCCUAUUCCAACCAGUUUAUACAAUAUUAUAUUCUCAAUCAUCAGUGUUAUUAUAUUUAUAUUGAGUAGGUAUUCAAAUGAUAUAAUCUCAUUAACUGAGAUUCUGUAUUAUCAUAAUAAGUCCUCCUAUAACAGUAUAUUACCAUUUAACUAUAACAAGACAUAAUGUGUAAUAUUAUCAUAUAUCUUAUACCAAUAAGGGAACAUGGGGUAAAACCAACUAAAAAAUGUAUACCCUCAACGUUAUUCAGAAUCUGAAAAAAUACUUUAUCUAUAUUUGCGCAGUUAUAUUAAAUAACUUCUUGUCUAAAAUAUUGAAUAAGUACUUUAAAUUUGAGACUUGU